AUGGUGGCUACGACCAAGUUCGCCUCGCUCGUCGGCAGUGUUACGCUCGCACUGAUUGUUGCUAGCUCGUUGAACGCCGCACCGGUGCUGGUGAAGCGCGACGAUGCGGCUGCUCCAGCGGGGUACAUCAGUGUGGCACAGCCGCAGAUGAACGAACAGGACAUCUACGCCGUCGGAAUCCCGGACGCACCGGCUGCUGCGCCCGCAGCGGGUGCGACGUUUGCAGAGGUGAUUCAGGCGGCGGCACAGGCUGCACUGGCCAAGUCGAACCAGACCAUGAACGCGGUCAACACGUACGACCCCACUCCGGCACCGGCAGGUGCGGCCCAGUCCCAGGUGGCUCCCGAGUCGAAUGUCGCUGCGGCACCGAAUGCCGAUGCGGUGCUGGCGGGCAACCCGGAUCAGGGACAGGCGUUUCAGCAGGUGAUUGGCAAUCUCGCCGGAGCGGCACAGGUGGCCGAGGGCGAUGCGGGGUUGAAGGGAAACCCGGACGAGGGCGACGAGUACAGGCAGGUGAUUGCGCAGCAGAUGGCACAGCUCGGUCAGAAGGCCCGACGUGCCUUGCGCAACGCUGUUUGGGAAGCAAGACAGAUCCCGCCCCCGCUGGCUUCGGCCGGUGCACCAAGUACAGCAGCACCCAGUACAGCGAGUGUGACGGAUGCAGUGACAGAUGUGCCCGACACCGUCACUGGUGUCACUGACACCGCGACUAGCGUGACCGACGCAACGACUGGUGCGACCGACGCCGCCACAGGUGCCACCGGCACGACGGCGGUGACCGAUGCGGCGGGUGAUGUGCCGGUGGCAGCACCAGUGCCGAGCGAUUACGCCUCGCCUCCCGCGCCCAGCCCGUCGAGCAACGCUGCUGUGCCCGGUGUGCCUGCUCCUGCGGUACCCGGUGUGCCGUCAGCAUCGAGCGUGCCUGCGGCCCCUGCGGUGCCCACAUCGGGGCUUCCUACCUCGGGCGUGCCUAGUGUGCCCACAUCUGGUGUGCCCAGUGUACCCACUUCGGGCCUACCCACGAGUGCGCUACCGACAGGAGCGCUUCCCACGGGCGCUGUACCCAGUGCACCAGCUGUGCCCUCUGCGUCUGUUCCCGCCCUUCCCGGCCUCGGCGGCGGAUUGAAGGACUCCGACGCCGGAGCCACGACUGUCAACCCAUCGAGUCCCUCUGCCUCGCCAACGGGAGACCUUACCAUGACGGUGACACUGCCGUCCACGGCCAUGCCUACGUCGCUGGGUGAUCUGGCCAAUAUCAAGGCGAACGCCAACGCGAAUGCGGACGCGAUCAACGAGUGGAAGACCAUGACCAUCCUCGUUCCCGCCGAGGCAUUCGGUGGCUCCCCGAGCCGCGCAGCCUCUGUACCUGCUGCCACCUCCACCGCCAGCGCCUCUUCUGCUUCUGCUUCAAGCACGGCGGCUUCGAGUUCGAGCUCGGCGGAUGAUGCAAAGGUGACUUCGACCGCGUCGGCGAUUGUCGCUGUUCCUACCGAUCCCAUCAAUCUGUCGUCCUUCUCGGCGCUCAAGCCUCAGGCCACAGGGGUGCUCACGAUUCCGCUAACGGGGAUUAUCGACGGUACGACCUACUCGACCAUGCUCACACUCACCAUUCCCGGUGUAGCUACCGAGACCGCCAAGAUUCCGGUAACGACGGCGUCAGAUAAGGCUCCUGCUACUGCAACUGCCAAACCUAGCAUCACAGCGGCUCCGUCCAAGACCUCCUCGGCUGCCGAAUCGGUCAAGACUACGUCGUCGGUCGACCCGAGCUAUAUCCACCCAGACGAUAUUCCGCCGCUCCUCAAGAGCUCAAUGCAGGCCACACCCACAUCGACACCCAACCCCUCCUCAAACCCCACCCCCGAUGGCGACGACGAAGACUGCGAGGAUGUCGAUGACAACGAUGACACGGAUAUUGCGCAGCCCAAGUCGCUGCUCACAAAGGUCUGGGACUGGAUGUCCGGCAAACCUCUCGACGAACGCGACUUUGAAGACGACUACCAAGACGCCGCCUUCGAAGAGUACUACGACGCCCAAGAAUAG